UAUAAUAAAUUUCACACACCAAAGAAGAAACCCAAACAACUCUCUCUCUCUCCUUUUUCUCUCUAUCUCUCUCCAGAGUUUUUUGGUCUCCGGGAAAUGGUUGCGACGAGACGAAGUGGAUCUCUGCCGUCGACUGUUAAACGGUCGGCCUCCUCCUCCGAUGAUUCUUCUUCUAAGCGACAAAAGGUGGUAGAUAAUAAUAACAAUAAUAAUAAUGCGGAGUCGUCGGAGAAACCCAAGUCUCCUCCACCGACGGAGAAUCCCAAGGAGUUGUCUUCUACUGACCCGCCGGAAUUCGCCGCCGUUACAGCUCCCGACGGUGAGACCACCGCCGUUCCCGCCGCGAAGGGUGAAGAUGCACCUUCCGUAUCCGUUGUAGCAACUCCUAUUGCAGAAGGGGCGACGCCUGCUAUAGUUGAUAAGCCCAGGAGUUCGGUGACUUUGAGGAAGCUGAAUCAAGGUUCGGAAACAACAUCGCCUUGGUGUAGGCUUAUAUCAGAGUUUCCUCAGAACCCAACUAUUCAUGUUUCAGCUACGAAUUUCUUGAUUGGUUCUAGCAAAAAUGCUCAUCUUCCUAUCAAGCAACAAACAGUUAGUGCAACCUUAUGUUCAAUAAGGCUUACACAGCAUGAAGGGAAUUGGGUUGCUGUGCUUGAGAGCAGGGGCAAAGGAUCUGUGCAAGUUAAUGGAAAGACAGUUCGGAGAAGCACUAGUUGCAUUCUCAAUUCAGGCGAUGAGCUUGUUUUUGGUGUUACAGGGAGUCAUGCUUAUAUAUUUGAGCAGCUGCCAUAUGAGCUUGGAGUUAAGUCACCUCCUUCAGAUGUUAGGACCAGUGCAGGAAAAUUGCUUCGCGUUGAGAGAAGAGCAGGAGAUGCGUCAGCUGUAGCAGGUGCUUCCAUUUUGGCAUCGCUUUCAAGCCUGAGGCAAGACCCAUCGCGCUUGAAACCUACGUCUCAGGUUAGUGGGAAUGAGCUGCCUUCUUCCCCUGUUAUUCAUGAAGAUGAGCUUGAUGGCCUCGAAGUCGAUUCAGCUGCACAUGUUGGCAGCAGCAGUGCUGCUGAUGUUUCAUUGACUAGCAAAAUUCCCCCGCUUGAUGGAAACCUGAACGAUAGCAGAGAGGCAGGCAACAUGCCGGAGGAAAGAGAGUGGAACAGAGAUUCAAUACCAGCUUCCGCAGCAGGGGUGUCUCUAAGAUGUGCAGUAUUUAAAGAAGAGAUUCAUGCUGCAAUAGUUGAUGGACAACAACUAGAUGUUUCAUUUGAUAGCUUCCCAUAUUACUUGAGCGAGAACACAAAAAAUGUGCUGAUUGCGGCUUCAUAUAUACACCUGAAGCAUAAAGAACAAGUAAAAUAUACUUCUGAGUUAUCCACUAUCAACCCAAGAAUUCUGCUCUCAGGCCCUGCAGGAUCCGAGAUUUAUCAGGAGAUGCUGGCAAAGGCACUAGCUCAUUAUUAUGGAGCAAAAUUGCUCAUCUUUGAUAGCCAUUCCUUUUUGGGUGGUCUAUCAGCAAAGGAGGCUGAAUUACUAAAAGAGGGAGGCAGUGCACAUAAGAUUUCUGCUAACUCCAAACAGAUUCCUGGAGAACCUGAUUUGUCUAAGGGCAAUGGGUCAUCAUCUGGUCAAGUAACUAAUGCUAACACUCUGACUGAUCCUUUGGGUUUGGAAGCACACCCAAAGAUGGAGAUUGGCAAUGUACCAUCUUUAGCCGGGACAUCAAAGAAUACCUUGUUCAAGAUAGGUGAUAAAGUGAGGUUCAUUGGUUCUGCUUCUGGUGGUUUAUAUUCAAACUCCACCAGGGGGCCAACUUUUGGUACUCGAGGGAAGAUUGUGUUGCCUUUUGAAGAUAAUGCAUUAUCAAAAAUUGGUGUAAGGUUUGAUAAGCCUAUACCAGACGGGGUUAACUUUGGGGGUCUUUGUGAUGAUGGUCAUGGAUUUUUUUGCAAGGCCAGCGAACUACGCUUGGAAUCCACAGGUGCUGAUGAUCUGGACAAAUUACUCAUUAGCACGUUGUUUGAGGUCGUAUUCAGCGAGAGCAGAAAGUCUCCCUUCAUUUUAUUUAUGAAAGAUGCUGAGAAAUCAAUGGCAGGGAGUUCAGAAUCAUAUACAACUUUUAAAAAUCGACUUGAAAAGCUUCCUGGUAACAUCAUUGUUAUUGGAUCUCAUGCACAUACAGAUAACCGCAAGGAAAAGUCACAUCCAGGGGGGUUGCUCUUCACCAAAUUCGGCAGCAAUCAAACUGCUUUGCUCGAUUUGGCUUUCCCGGAUAGUUUUGGGAAGUUGCAUGACAGGGGAAAGGAAGUGACCAAGACAACUAAACUUCUGACAAAGCUUUUCCCCAACAAAGUGACCAUUCACAUGCCACAGGAUGAAGCGCUUUUAUCUGAUUGGAAGCAACAGUUGGAUCGAGAUGCUGAUACCCUCAAAAUGAAAGGAAAUUUGAAUAGCUUGCGAACAGUUCUUAAUCGGAAUGGAUUAGACUGUGAUGGACUUGACACUUUGUGCAUCAAAGACCAGACUUUUUCUGUUGAAAGUGCAGAGAAGGUGGUUGGAUGGGCCUUAAGCCAUCAUUUGAUGCAGAACCCUGAUGCAAAUCCUGACGUGAGGCUUGUUUUGUCUCCUCUGAGCAUUCAAUAUGGAUUGGAAAUUCUACAAGCCAUGCAAAAUGAAAGCAAGAGCUUGAAGAAGUCACUUAAGGAUAUUGUGACUGAGAAUGAAUUUGAAAAGAGACUUCUGGCAGAUGUUAUCCCCCCCAGCGAUAUUGGAGUAACAUUUGAUGAUAUUGGUGCGCUUGAAAAUGUCAAGGAUACGUUAAAAGAGCUGGUCAUGCUUCCUUUACAAAGACCGGAGCUCUUCUGCAAGGGUCAACUAACCAAGCCAUGCAAGGGAAUACUUCUAUUUGGACCCCCCGGAACUGGGAAAACCAUGCUUGCGAAAGCAGUUGCCACUGAAGCCGGUGCAAACUUUAUCAACAUUUCAAUGUCAAGUAUCACUUCAAAGUGGUUUGGCGAGGGUGAGAAAUAUGUGAAAGCUGUCUUCUCCCUGGCUAGUAAAAUUGCUCCAAGUGUCGUUUUUGUCGAUGAAGUUGAUAGCAUGCUGGGACGACGGGAAAAUCCAGGAGAACAUGAGGCCAUGCGUAAAAUGAAAAAUGAAUUCAUGGUGAAUUGGGAUGGAUUGCGUACAAAAGAUACUGAACGAGUAUUGGUUCUUGCAGCGACAAACAGACCAUUUGAUCUUGAUGAGGCUGUCAUAAGGCGACUGCCGCGUAGGCUGAUGGUCAAUUUACCAGAUGCUCCAAAUAGAGCGAAAAUUCUAAAAGUCAUACUUGCAAAAGAAGACUUGUCUCCAGAUGUUGAUCUGGAUGCAGUUGCAAGUAUGACUGAUGGAUAUUCCGGAAGUGAUCUUAAGAAUCUUUGUGUUACAGCGGCAUAUCAACCCAUUAGAGAAAUCCUAGAAAAAGAAAAAAAGGAACAUGCUGCAGCUAUGGCAGAAGGUAGACCUACACCAACACCAUGCGGUGGUGCAGACAUACGACCUUUGAACAUGGACGAUUUCAAAAAUGCUCACGAGCGGGUUUGUGCAAGUGUUUCAUCGGAAUCCAUAAAUAUGACGGAGCUUCUUCAGUGGAAUGAACUGUAUGGAGAGGGGGGCUCUAGAAGGAAGAAGUCCUUGAGUUAUUUUAUGUAAAAGUUGUUCAUAUUGUACAUUGAUGUCUUAAGGAAGUUCUUAAAAAUGUGAUCUCCUCAGGCUCAGGUCAAGGUCAGUCGCCGCCCUUUGUGGUUUUCCAUGACACCCUGGAAGUUUUUGUACAAUGAGUAUAGGUCUCUUAAGUUAUACAUGAGUUUUGAGAUGUAAUGAGGAUGGAGUAGCCCUCUAGGAAUAGGUAGUAUCUCCACCUUCAUUUUCUUUACCCUCUUUCUCACAACGAGCAGAAAGAUGUCCGAGGUUCUUAUUUUAAUGCAGCUGCUACUGUUGCUAUUCGUUAUAUGUCAAGUUGGAAGCAAAUAAUAUGCAAGUCUUGUCGUUGUUUUAGAUACUGACUUGGUUCUUUGGAUAUCUAGUUGUUGAUGAGCUUGUACUUG